CGCGGCGGCUAUGGCCGGCGACAACUACCACCUGAGGGGAUUUGCGGUCCCUUUGUCGCGGACGACGUGCCACACACCGGCGGCCAAGCUCCCCCUUCCGACGGUCGCGGGGUCCCUCGCUCCUCCCGCGCUCCUCUCCGCCCUAAAGCCGGCCGUCACUUCCCCGAACUUGGCCCGUGUCAGGACGAUACGGCUCAGCCUGCACAAACGCCUGUCUCUUACUUGAGCAAGUUGAUGAGCAAUAUAAAAUUGAUGGAGGUCAAGCAACCAUCAGGCUGCCGUCUUUCCUCAUCUACUGGGUCAACCAUUUUGGUGCACCGACCUCCUGAUUGGUACUUCAGAAUUUACAUCAGGGUCGAUCUUUCCGGCCGUUUCCACACAUAUCCUCAUACAGGUGGGCCAUUCCAGAGCUUGCAGGAAACUCAAAGUGCCAUCGACCGCCAUCUUCAUGACCUUGAACAUCCAACAAUGUGCAAGGAGGCAUUGGGCAAGCUUUCUAAAAUGGACUGGCUUGUAAGACGGUCUCUUUACUGGCCUGAUGGCAAAAGAAAGAAACUCACAAAAUCGCAAGUGUCGGAGACUACCCGUAAAGGGACGUCCCAUUUGCUUCAGGCUUUAGUGGACAAGUACAAUGAUGAGCACAAUCUUUUGGGGGAUCUUUCAUAUGAACUCAAAGAUAUCCUGCAAUGCCAGACAAUUUAUGAGAAUCAUAUUUGGUACGAGCAUUUCAAUUUCACUACCAAGACUAAAGGAGCUGAUGGUAUUGACUCCGCCAUCGAGAAUCUAUUUUUUGCUGAACUGACAUAUCUGAAAGGAGAUGAAUUGGCCGUCAGCUGUAUGUGCAUGAUUGAUACUAAUGCUAAUGGUCACUGCUAUGGUUGUAAGAACAAUGGAAGUGUUCAUUUGAAGCACCCCAACACAGCUAAUGCGUACACGGCUGGUUCCUUGGACGGAUAUUUGCCAUUCGGAAUCAAAUUCGAGUGGGACGACCCAAGCAUCAGCGUGGAAAAAGAUGAGGAGAGACUAAGACGUAUUUACAAGGGCCUUGAUGAUCCACAUGUUCUGGCGCGCAUUGCCACACCCCCUCCGUAUGCAACAGAUACGUUCAUACAAGACUAAGUAAGGAAGGAAGGAGGUCAAGGGUACAGACGUAUAUAAGUUGUAUGCACUGCCAAUUUACAAUGCUUUGGUUCAAAUGGUCAUGCUUCCUCGUUUCUGCAAGCCAAGGGGCAGCAGGACCUCACGCAAAAAUACUGAUUGCUCAUCAGUCGAUAGUUUUUGAGUUGAUUUUAGAAGAUCUAUGACUUUCCUUUGAACUGAACAUACUAAUGACUGUAGGUUCCCACAAGAUAAAGGAAAAAC